CAGACAGAUCCCCUUUCAAUUUCAGCCCCAAAGCUGCAUCAAUUCACAUCCAACAGGUAUGACCGGAAACGGGGUUUCAAACCCGACAAAAUAAACUGCAGGGGAGGAGCACUUCCACUGGUUUAUGUUUGAUUAUUCAAGACACAGAGCAGAACAACAUGCUUCCACACAGAAAUGUGUUGUGAAGUCCAUCCAGAGCGCACUUUCCCCCCAAGUUCUUAUUUGGUUCCUCGCUUUCUUUUACCCACUUUCUACACUUUUUAUUGAUGAGAAACUUUGCCUGCAGGGGAGCGGUCGAUCAGUUGCUUACUGAGGUCUGCUGCUGUCAAACUUCAGCUGACAUGGAUCUGUUGCACCGACGGACGCACUGAACACUUUGGUUUUACUGGCUGCCAAAAAAAAGGAGGAAAAAAACGGACCGACUGUAGUUAUUUCUCUCUUCAAGUUUUUUUUUUCUUCUUUAAAAACUAGAACAAAAACUUUAGCAGACAUGCAGAAGUUGAACUCCAGCGGGACGCACUGCAGCACGCUGCCCCGGGACGCGGAGCUUCAGCUGCGCCUGGCUGACAGCGGAGGCUCCGGGGAAGGGAGGGAGAACGGAGCUGGGAUCCAUUUCCUCACCCAGCCUGAAGAGCAAGGCUCGUUUUGUACUAAAAGGAAGAUGCUUGUCGGUUUGGAUGUUAUAUGUCUUUGUGUUGCUUCCAUCCCAUUUUUUGCAUGUGAACUGAAGGCAGUGACUCCGUAUAAGAGAGGCUUUUUCUGCGGAGAUGACAGCAUCACCUAUCCAUAUUUAGAGAAGGAGGCCAUCCCUGACACCCUGCUCAUUGCAGGUGGCAUCGCCAUCACUGGUUUAACAAUUGCUCUGGGCGAGUGCUACCGGGUGCGUUUCCGAGGUGUACACUCACGAGCUUUUGUUAGUAACCGCUACGUGUCAUGCCUGUACAAGGAACUGGGAAGCUUCCUGUUUGGUUGUUGUGUGGGACAGUCUCUCACAAACAUGGCCAAGCUUAGUGUGGGGCGCCUGCGACCAAACUUCCUCUCUGUGUGCAACAUCACGUAUGCAUCCAUUAAAUGCACUCCUGGCAGCUACAUCCCUGAGGUCAACUGUCCGCAGCCAAAACUCAAGCUAGUGGAGGAGGCAAGGAAAUCCUUUUUUUCUGGGCAUGCUUCCUUUGCAAUGUACACCAUGCUCUAUUUGGCCUUCUACCUGCAGGCUAGGCUGUCAUGGCGAGGAGCUCGAUUAUUGCGCCCACUGGUGCAGUUCCUCUUAGUGAUGUUGGCCAUCUACACAGGCCUGAGUCGCAUCUCUGACUACCGCCACCACCCCACUGAUGUCCUAACUGGCUUUAUACAAGGAGGGCUCACUGCAUACUGGGUGGCUUUUCACAUCUCAUCCAUGUUUAAGCCCUGCACCCGUCCAGACCUGUCUCCAACAAGCAUGUCCCUGGAGAGUCCACUGUCCAGCCAGCAAACGGUUUGCUAGCAGGUAGUAUCAGGAGACGGACAAAGAGAAGAUGGACUGCAAAAGAAAAACAGCAGCAGAUAGGGAAGGAAUAAAGUUUAGGAUAUAAGUUGAGGGAAUCAUUUCGAGUCAAGGAUUUGAUAGAUGAGUACAAUCUAACGCAAGCUCAUACAUCCUUACGUACUGAUUCAUGUGCUGAUGUAGAUACAUAUAACAUUAUUUCAAACUCGUGAAAUGCAAGGAGCACAUAUGGCGGUACGUAAAGCCUGCCCAGUGAAAAGAGUGAAUUUUUCAGAGAUUUUUAUAUAAAUAUAAAAUAUAUCUAUUUUUCAAUGUCAUUUUAAUAAGCUGCUAAUUUGUAAACUUUUUCAGUUUGAUUUUAUUUCCCCAAAGAGGAUGGUUUUAGCAUUUCUCUCAGCUUUUUGAACGCAUCUAAUCCCUCUUUGAUCCUGGAUGUUGAAUGAAAAGAUGCCUUCCUCUGCUAUAUUUAUGCCUCUCUGUUCGACUGGCAAAAUAUCAACAAGCAGCUGUGAACUUAGACACACCACCUCAGAUGGGAGGACAGCUUUGCACAAAUCAGCAGAACUGGCAGAAAUGACAGACAAGCGCUUGCCUAAACUUCUGACCAUCUUUACCUCUGAGUGUGAUGAGAUGCCAGUCUCCCCAUCAGACUGCCUGGCAUCACCUCCACUUAACCUUUUCCGAUGUGUUCUCAAAGAAAAAUCCCACAUUGUGCUGUAAUACAAUGCUAUUGUUCUCUUUUGAGUAACCGAGGUGGCGACUGGAAGGAGUCUGACCUGGUUUGUCCAUUUCUCUACAAUGCCACUUUUCUGUACUUGCCACUUUUCUGUACAAACCACUUUUCUCAAAAGGUGGAGGCUUGACUGAAAUUUUGUAACCAUGGACUUUUGCCCCCUGGACUCCAAUCUCUGAGCUGCACCUUGAUUAUGCCACUCAGACAGGAGAAUAUGCUCUCCUGUACAUAGUAAUUAAUAGCACUUGACCAUGAGUAACCUUCUGAAUAUAAACUAUGUUAUAUUUUUUAUUACAAGUUUGAAUAAUCAGUGUUUAUUUUUAUUAACUUCAAACUCAUACACUAUGAUUCUGUCUUAGAUGCUAAUUUUACAAACUGUAUGUAAAUAGAUGUCAUUCUAUGAACCACACAGAAUUUUAAAAGUAUUAGGUCCAAGUGUUGGACAGAUGUAUUUGUUUGUGUAAGUGUAUGUACAGGUGCAGAGUGUCGUCCUCGUACCUGCUGUAACAACUAGACUGAGCCACAGAUAUUAUCACAAAGCUAUAUGUGUUGUUCCCAGUUAUUAUUUGUGUAUGUCUUUAUCUGUGAAUGCCACAAAGGCAAAAAUAACCACUGUACUCAAAAAACAAUAGUAUAAAAAAAAACAAAAAAACGAACCAUUAAAGUGAAU